CUAAAUUAAUACUUUUGUAACUCGGGCUCUAAAAUGAUCCACUUGCAAAGAAUCCAAGAACAUUUUGGCACUUCUCUCAUUGACCCCUGCAAAAAGUCUGGAGGAUUAUUUUGACACAUUUCUCAUUCUGAUAACUUUAUUAAUUUUCCCAGGAUUAUAACUGUACAAUAAGCUUUGUUCGGUCCCACUUUCUUGUUAGAGAGGGAAAGCGUGCCAACCAAAAGGGUAAUACCAGUCCAAUUCUCAUGAUAGAUCGCAUUUGCAAGUCCGCCCCUCGUUGGAAGAGGGCUGAUAUAUUGGUUUUCAACACCGGCCACUGGUGGACCCAUGGAAAAACAUCAAGGGGGAAGGACUAUUAUAAGGAAGGAGAUGUUGUCUAUCCACAAUUUGAUGCAACAGAAGCUUUUAAGAAGUCCUUGCAAACUUGGGGAAGGUGGAUAGACAGUAACAUGAAUCCUUCAAAAAAAUUGAUUUUUUACCGUGGAUACUCUACAGCUCAUUUCAGGGGUGGCGAUUGGGAUUCCGGCGGUACGUGUCAUGGAGAGAAAUCCCCUGCCUUUAGUGGAUCUAUCAUUGACAACUAUCCUUUGAAAAUGAAGAUUGUUGAGGGUGUAAUUGAAAAAAUGAAUUUUCCCAUAAUUCUCUUGAAUGUGACUAAGCUAACCAACUUCCGCAAAGAUGCUCAUCCUUCUAUUUAUGGCAAGAGGAUGAUGGAAGGAGAAAGAGUCUCUAAGAGAAGACAGGACUGCAGCCAUUGGUGCCUCCCUGGAGUUCCUGAUACAUGGAAUGAGUUAAUAUAUGCAACUCUUGUUCUGGAGCAGACAUGAGAAAAAUUCAUGGCGAAUUCAUGGUAAAGUUACUCCAUUGUUUUGUUUAAUGUCCAUCAAGAUUAAUAAGCAAGUGAUUUCUUAAUAUGAAAACUGCUAGGAUUGUGCUGAUUGUUAGAAUGCCAUUGUUUUGUUGUUUGGAUGCAAGCUAAUUUAGCGCUAGUGAUUAGGAUUGUGUAACUGAUUAUUCUUUUUGGUGAAAGUGGGUGGAACCAGCUUGAGGUUCUCUGAAUUUC